UAAUUUUUAACACGCUUACGCAUCACGCGCACUUUGUUUCACUUUGUCCUUCUCAAUAAAGUCUGUGGUUUUCUCCACCGACUAAGAGCCAAACCUUUUUCUAAUUCCGACAAAGAACUAAAGAGCUGCAAUGGCAAUGUCGGCGAAGCAACCCAUGGUGGUUGGGAUCGACGAGAGCGAGCACAGUAUCUACGCGCUGGAAUGGACGCUGGAUCACUUCUUUUCUCCUUUUGCUUCCAAUCCUCCUUUCCAGCUCUUUAUCGUUCACGCCAAGCCUUCUGCUGCUUCUGCUGUUGGCCUCGCUGGACCUGGAGCCGCUGAUGUAUUGCCAUAUGUGGAUGCGGAUUUGAGGAAGAUAGCUGCCAGGGUUGUAGAGAAGGCCAAGGAACUCUGCCUUACUAAAUCGGUGAAUGAUGCCGUAGUUGAAGUGGUGGAAGGUGAUGCCAGGAAUGUUCUUUGUGACGCUGUAGAAAAACACCAUGCCUCAAUACUCGUUGUUGGCAGCCAUGGUUAUGGAGCUAUAAAGAGGGCUGUUCUUGGCAGUGUGAGUGAUUAUUGUUCUCAUCAUGCUCAUUGCUCUGUCAUGAUUGUGAAGAGGCCUAAGAUCAAACAUUAAUCCGUGUAUGUGCCUCUAAAUAAAGAACCGAAGAAUUGUGGUUGCAGCUGUUUUUUAGUUACCCAAUAACCAUGUUGUUGCACGCUAUACUACCAAUAAUGCUUAAUAUUGUAUAUUGGUGUAAAAAAGCACAUAUUAUAUUUUCGUAUGCAUGUGAUGUCUAAUAUUUUAAUUAUGCUUGUAGAAGCGUUAUUGUUAUAUUUUCUGCUUAAUCUGUCAUGCAAGUGCUUAAAUAUAUAUAUUUUUAUCGUUGCUUUA